GCACUCAGUCUGCCUUGAGGAGAGAGAGCAGACUAGAAAGUUCAGUGAAGCGGACUUAGAAUCUAUCUACGUUAAGAGAAUUAAAGAAAUGAGACCAAGUCUUAGCCUAGCACUACAAGGAAAACUGUUUUUAGAAUUUUAGGAUUCUAUCAUUUUUUGCACAUCAAGGAACCUUGAAUUCCAGGGAAAUAUUGGACAAAAACAAAAACAAAGAGGCAUUCGUUGUGUUAGAAUAAGGAAAAACAAAGAAGAGGAGAGGAGUACCAAACUCUACACCAUCUGAUCAGGAUGAGCAUGAAUGGCACAUUGGAGAGGGGAGCUCAUCACCAGGUCCUUGACCUCUCUGAGGAGCUUCCAAACAACAGCCACCAUCACCAACACCAGCACCCAAACCUCCAGCACACACACUCCUUGGCCUCCACUGUGCCGGCUGGGAGCCCAGUAAGUGGAUCUGGGGUGGUUGUGCCUCCACCUUACUUCUCAGCAGAGGCCGGAGGAGGUGAAGCACCGCUGGAGCUGCGAGGCUCUCUGGACUGCUGGGCUUGUUCGGUGCUUGUGACGGCGCAGAACCUGGUGAUCGCGGCCAUCAACGCCUGUCUGGCUGGAUUAGUUUUCGGGCUGAUCCUCACGCCAGCUAUUGUCAUGGUGGUGUUUGGCUUUCUCUGCCAUUCAACGGUGCGACCAACUGGUACAUCACCUUACUGUUCGGAUCUGCUAACAGAUGGUGGCUGUGUGGCCCUGCUGGUUGUGGGUUUCUUGUUAGUGACUCCACUCCUGGUUCUGGCCUUGGCUGCAUACUGUCGGCUUGCUCGUCACCUUCAGCUGGGCCUCUGUUUUAUUCCCUACAGCCGUGCCGUCUACAAGAACCUUCCGGCUACCCAGCACCGUGGUCUAGGCGGAGGCUGCUGCGGACAGCGAGCUGGAAAAGAAAGAGGGAAGGGGAAGGUGUGGGUGUAGAAGGAAAACAAUACAGUACGGCAUUAAUGCAGAUAAUGAAAGUUGUAAAAUAAUGCAUUACACAUUGUAGAGCUAAAUAUUUAAAUAUAUACUCAAGUGGGGAUUUCUUAGUGGCUGAUUUCCAUCAUGUUUUACCAUGUGCCUCAAUUGCUGAUGCCUACAUUUAAUAUGACUUUGUUUAAACUUCAUUCAAGUACUCUGCAUUUAAAAAAAUCUCUACUCUAAAAUGUUGUUUUAUGUUAAUAUUUUAUGUAUUACAAACACUGUUUACCUUUUCAGAUAAAUACCAAGCACAUGUUUCUUAAAACUGUCCAAAAAAAUAAAUAAAAAAAAAAUAAAAAAAAA